UUUCUACUCGAUCGGUCAUUUGAGUCUUUUUUAAUAAGUUUUGUUCUUUUUCCAUACCCUAGGAUUGAACUUUGGGUGUAUUCCGAAAGUUCUAUUGAAAAUAGUCUUUUUAAUCAUAAGGUUGGCAGCACUGUAACUAACUACGUUGUGUUCCGUAAUGUAAGUUAAGUUUAUGAUUAUCAUUGGCUCACGUUGGUUUGCAAAGAUCAGCAUAGAGGAAUUCAAAAACACAAGACCUUCCAAAAACUGCAUGAAAACUAACUGCAAAGUUUUCUAUUUAUAAUGUUUAUAAACAAUUAUUGGAGACAUUGCACUGUAGUGAUGCUCAUUGAACAGAGGAUAUCAGCAUCGGUGAAAUAUUUCUCAAGUUUGAACCAGAUUUUGUUCAAGCAUAUUCUCCAUAUGCCAACUUCUUCGAAAAUAUAAAAUAAAUGUUAGAAGAAUGCAAUCCAAAUAAACAACGGUUUCACGCCUAUUUAAAAAAUUGCCAGACAAAACCAGGAUAUAGACAAGAUCAAUGCCAUAUAUAUCAUCGGUCUUCUUUAGCUUUCACUUAUAUUUUUCUAAAAAAUGGAUUUACUUAUAUUUGAUGAAUUAUUUUCAAGUUCAAGUGAAAGUUCUGACAGUGAAGAAGAAAUAUUAGAUGUUAUUUUUGAGAACAACGAAAAUCAUACUAGAAGAAGAAAAGCAAGAGUUCAAAAUUUUAUUGAAAAUGUAAUUUAUGAAUACGAUAAUAAAAGUUUUCAAGAAAACUUUCGAAUGCGAAGAACAACCUUUAAUUAUCUUCUAUUUUUAUUAAGAAAUGAUUUAGAAGAAGAAAAUGAUUCUGGAAGAAUACCUAUAUCUGCAGAGAAACAAUUGUACAUAACUUUAUAUGUGUUAGCAACACCAGAUUCAUACAGGUCGGUGGUUACAAAAUUUAAUGUUGGCAAUGCAACAGCUUGGCGAGCGGUACGAAAAGUUGUCAAAAUUCUUUGUAGAUAUAGGAAUUAUUUUAUUCAAAUAGAAGAGAAAUGGAUGAUUGUAGUCGAAGAUUACAAAUUGAAUACGGUUUUCCUGGCGUUAUUGGAGCUUUGGAUGGAACGCACAUUUGUAUAUUAGCUCCAUCGGAAGACAGUCAAUCUUAUAUCAACAGGAAAGGAAGACACUCUAUUCAGUUGCAGGUAGUAUGUAAUGAUAAAUUGCAAUUUUUACAUUGUCAUGCUGGCCUUCCUGGAUCUGUGCAUGAUAUGAGAGUAUUUAAGUAUUCAGGAUUACAACAAAAAUGUAACGACCAGUUUUUUCCUGAUAACACCCAUAUUAUUGCAGACUCAGCUUAUGUAUUGCAAAAGCAUAUCAUGGUGCCAUAUAAAGAUAAUGGUCACCUAACUGAGCAAGAAAUAAAAUACAAUAGUGUUCUUUCUAGUGUUCUUUCUAGAACUAGAAUGAUAGUAGAAAGAUCAAUCGGCUUAUUAAAAGGACGAUGGAGAUUUCUGUUGGAUAAAGUACCAAUGAGAAGAACGGAUUUAAUACCAUACUAUAUAAUAAGUUACUGUGUUUUACAUAACAUUUGUCUACUGCAAGAUGAUAAUUUUGAUUAUCCAGUUAUUUUCAAUGAAAACUUGGCUGCGGAACCAGAGCCAAUGGCAGUAAAUCAAUUUCUACAAAAUGAAGGACUAGUAAAAAGAGAAGAAAUAAAAAAUAUGUUGAAUACUUAAUUUGUACGCAGAAUAUUAUGUAAAAGUUUUUAAAAAAAUAAAUUACUAAUAUAUUAAAAA